AUGCGUCUCUCUGCAGCACUGUACUCCCCAACCCCUUGGCUCGGACGCUUGAAAUCAGCACAAUUGCAGCGCAUCGCGCGCGCAACGGGCAUCCAAUCGUCUGGUACGAAGGGUGUUCUUAUUGAGCGCAUUGCAACAGAGUUGACGUUGCAUUCACAGUCACAGGCGCAGUUGCAGUUGCAGUUGUCGGCUGCCGCAGAUGGUGUUGCAGAUGGUGUCACUAGUAUUCCCAAUCACAGUUCUACUGCUAGUGACAGCACCAGCAUAAGCCAAGAUCGACAGAUCGAUCGGCGAUCGGUAUCGACGAAAAGUCACGCAAGCAAGACAAAGACCGAGACCAAGUCAGCAGACUUGUCAAAAUCAAGCCCCGCAAAGCAAUGGAGCAUCCUUAGCAUCGAUAUGGGGAUUCAGAACCUCGCAUUCGCGCAUCUGCUCGUGCCCCGCUCUAAUGCCCCAGGUGUCGGGAUAGACACAGCACAUCCCCGGGCGCCGGUGUUAACAGCCUGGCACCGACUCGCCAUUUCUGAGAUAUCAAGUUUGAACUUAAUACCCGGGGAUAAUACCGGUUUGGUCAAGCCCGCUGAAUCAAUAUCCGGGUCUGAUGGCGCCACAGAAUCAUCGCAAUCUAUUCUCCCAAUAGGAACGGAGAAAGACAGUCCCGCGAAGAUCGCCAAAUCUACAAAAGAAGAAAAUUUAUACUACCCAGACAUCUACGCUGAAAAUGCAUACACCCUAAUCGCAUCACUCAUAGCCGCCUACCGUCCCACUCACGUGCUUAUAGAGCGCCAGCGCUUCCGCUCAGGCGGCGGGAGUGCCGUUCUUGAAUGGACACUGCGUGUUGGCAUUAUGGAGGGCAUGUUGUAUGCCGUUCUUCAAACGCUACGGCAGGAGAGGGGCGGGGAUGUUGCGGAUUUGGUUGUUCGCGGUGUUGAACCGAGUCGGGUAGUUAGGUAUUGGCUCGAGGGUGGAUCUGGGUCAUCAAUUCCCGGGAAAGGGAAGGUGGGUGAAAAAUCAGAAGUCGAGAAAAAGACGAAGAAACUCAAUGCGCGAGAAGUGAAGAAGGCUAAGAUCGAUAUUGUCGGACGGUGGCUCUCUGCUGCGAUGCAGAACACCAAUGCUUGUCCAGACACGGACGAUGGUCUUAAGAGACUGGAGCUCGGUAUUGCUGCCGACAAUAAGAUCGUGCUCGCUGAUCAAUCUGUGUCUCCUGCUCUGCAUGGUGUUGCGGGUGCGUAUAUGCGGAAAUGGCAGGGUCAGACGCAGACGAAGAAGGGGAAAGGGAAAGGGUCUCGCUCCCCAUCGCCCAUAUCCCCUCAGUCUGAUAUAGGGGACGAGGUGGGUGCUGUUGAUCCGAAGAAACUCGAUGAUCUAGCCGAUUGUUUAUUACAGGGUGUGACCUGGGUUGAAUGGCAGAUUACGCGGGAGCGGAUUGCGAAGGAAGGGCUUGAGGCAUUAGAUUCAAUACCAUAG